GCCGAAACUGAGGACUAUUUUGAAAGGACAAAUCGGCAUGAAAGGACGCUAUUACCCUUGAAGGGAACUAGGGUGGAGAGAAAAAAACGAAUUUUUGAAACAUAAGUCAGAGCGACAAAAAACUAUAACUGCUCUGAAUUUCCUAUGAAAUAUGACUAUGAAAGUCAUAAAAUUUGUUGAUUUCUAGAGGGAUUCACCCUCAAGUGUGUGUUCCAACAACUACACCGCCUAAUCGUUGCUGUGAAGUGGACUGAACAAACAUUCAUCUCCAUAUUGUUAUUUUGCGCUUGUUUCGGCACCAAUCGAUAGUGAUAAGAAAAUAUAAAUAACGUCGUUCUUAGAAACACAUUUCGGUAACAAAUACCACUUUUUAUCAGCACAUAAAUACGAUUCAUUGAUAUAUUGGCACUGAUAAUACAAUGUGUCACGUCCAAAAGUUGCUUUCCUUUUUUUGUUUUUUUUUUACACCUUGCAAUAAACGCGAUAAUUGGCACCGAUUAUUUAACCCUUAGGUGAUGAAUGCUAAGUCGUUUUAAUCACUUGAAGCGUUGACGCACGUUACACUCGACUCCCGUUAAAGUUAAAAUAUGUUAAGUGCACGAGUUGCUCGAUAAUACAUUCAGGUGUGGUCUCCUAUCUCUAUGUGUAUCAUGCACAGGUUAAGGUUUUCCAUUGGGGAAAAAAGCUAAUAACUUUCGAGCGACGCGACAGUUGCGGUUUGUGUUUGCCAACGAAAUAACGUGUGUCACGCACUUGCGGAGAGAAAAACGGAAAGCAUUUACAUAACCGUUAAAUAACGUCUAGUGAUUCACUGGCAUCGAACGAACCAACGAAACAAAUACUAAUUAAAUCGCACGAGAGGAUUACACGGAAAAUAAUUAAAUUAAAUAAAUUGUGUACUAAUUUGUAGAAUAGUUUCGAAUUAUUUUUAAAACCAAAUAUUCAAAAUGUGCAACUGUUUGUGGGAGUGUCUGAAAUGCCCGGCAAAACUUUUUUGUUGCUGCUGCGAAUGUGCGCUGAAUAUGAUACUCGGCAUAUUCUGUUCGGUCAUAGUAUUAGCUGUCAUAAUCGGUCUGAUCGUGUACUUCACAGUAUACUAUCAUAAGGAUAGUUCCGACGGUCAGCAAGAAAAAUUGGUGCAGCAGCUUAUAACAGCUGCGCCUACAACCUUUAAGCAAUACUUCCAGCAACAACACUAAAAUGGAAUAAAUGCGGUUUAAUGCCAGUUUGGGGCUGUCUGGCAUUACUUUAGUGUCUUAUUGUAUAUUUUGUAAGUUUAAUAUAUUUAAACAAAUAUUUUUAAACAUUUAUACAAGAAAAUUUAACUGAUUUUUAAUAUAGCUUCGAAUUUAAUAAAAGAAAUAAUGUAAUCACACUGCUGCUAAUCUAAUCAAAGUUUUAUUGAACAAAUUUGGGUUCAUUUACGAUAUGCUAUAAAUAGUUCGUUCUUAAUGUUUGGGGCCAUAAUAUAAGGCUAUAGAAAUAGUGUUAUCACAAUGAUGUUUAUACUAUAUACACGCAUAUGUAUUUAUAAAUAUUUAUAUAAUAUACUUGUAUAAAAUAGUGCUUAAUUAAAUUAUUACUUCCCUUUGUUUAACUUCGUACCGA